AUGCUAUCAUUGGCAUGCAAAAUCCUGCUAUUCAAAUGCUGCUGCAGAUUUUGUACAUUCCAAUUUGCUGGCUACAUCUGUGGAGAAUGUAUGCUUUGUCCUUUAUGCUUGAACAUUGGAAUUUCGGCACAUAUUGACAGCGGGAAAACCACUCUUACGGAAAGAAUUCUUUUUUACACCGGCAGGAUUAACGAGAUCCACGAGGUCCGUGGCAAAGAUGGUGUUGGUGCCAAGAUGGAUUCUAUGGAUCUCGAGCGUGAAAAGGGCAUUACAAUCCAGUCCGCUGCAACUUAUUGCAAAUGGAAGCACUUUAACAUCAAUAUCAUCGACACUCCAGGCCAUGUUGACUUUACCAUUGAGGUUGAAAGGGCCCUGCGUGUGUUGGAUGCCGCUAUUUUGGUCGUUUGCGGAGCCUCUGGCAUUCAAAGCCAAACAAUUACCGUCGACCGGCAGAUGAAGCGCUACAAUGUGCCUAGGAUUGCCUUUAUCAACAAGCUCGAUCGGAUGGGUGCUAAACCAAUUGAAAUUAUUUCGCAACUAAAAACCAAAUUAAAGCUGAAUGCUGCGGCAGUUCAGCUUCCAAUUGGCUUGGAGGAAGAUCAUCAAGGAGUGGUGGAUUUGAUUACAAUGACGGGCCAUUAUUUUUCCGGCAAAAAUGGAAGCGAUGUUACUUCAUGUCCAGCCGACAAGCUUCCAGAACCUCUGCGUUUUCAGGCAUCGGCUUAUCGCAUGAAGCUUAUCGAAGCCAUUGCAAACGUCGACAAUGAGGUGGCGGAUUAUUAUCUUUUGGAAGAGGAUCCACCGCAACACAUUUUAAAGGAAGCAAUAAAAAGGGCAACAAUUGAACGGAAAUUUGUCCCUGUAUUCAUGGGCUCUGCUUACAAGAACAUUGGAGUACAGCUUCUUUUAGAUGGCGUUGGGGAUUAUCUCCCAGACCCAUCUCAAGUCAAAAACUUUGCUUUCGAUGACAAGGGCAACUCUCUUUGUUUGAAAUGCAACUCUUCCGAGCAGACCGUUGCCUAUGCGUUUAAAUUGGACGAUGGUCGCUUUGGUCAAUUGACAUACAUGAGGGUCUACCAAGGCUCCAUAUCGAGAGGAGCAUUGCUUAUCAACACUCGCACAGCGAAACGUCUUAAAGUACCGCGGCUUGUCAGGAUGCAUGCGUCUGAGAUGGAAGAUGUUGACUCUGUUGGUUCUGGUGAAAUUUGUGCAAUAUUCGGAGUUGAUUGCGCCACAGGCGAUACUUUUAUUUCACCUACUGGCCCUGGAGACUCAUCUACACUUUCAAUGAUUUCAAUGAGCCCAAUGCACGUGCCAGACCCUGUCAUUUCUCUUGCUAUUCGUCCCAAAUUAAAAGACAAUAGCGGAUUCAGCAGAGCUCUUGCAAAGUUUCAGAAGGAGGACCCAACUUUUCGUAUGCACAUUGACCCUGAAACGCAAGAAGUUAUUAUCUCUGGAAUGGGCGAGCUUCAUUUGGAAAUAUAUAUUGAGCGGAUGAAGAGGGAAUAUGGGUGCGAGGUUGUGACCGGAAAGCCACGAGUCGCUUUUCGCGAAACAAUCAGAGAAAGAAUCUCGUUUGACUAUUUGCACAAGAAGCAAACAGGAGGAAGCGGUCAAUUUGGAAGAGUGAUAGGCUACAUUGAACCCAUCACUACGGAUUGGAAUGAAAUAUGCUCCAAUUCUCAGUCUACAGACAAAACUAACACUGCCGAGGCCUUGGAUGCAUCCAUGACUGCCGCUUCGAUGAAUACCUUGCUACCAAACGAAUUUUCCAACCAGGUUGUCGGUGGCACGAUUCCGCCACAGUUCAUCCCGGCUUGUGAAAAGGGGUUUUAUGAGUCAUGCCAGGAAGGCCUACUUAUCGCCCAUCCAAUUACAAAUCUUCGAAUGGUUAUGCAGGAGGGUGCGUCACAUAUCGUUGAUUCCAAUGAGCAUGCGUUCAGGGCUGCCACAAAAGCAGCUUUUAGAGAAGCAUUUUUUGCUGCCUCACCGUUGAUAUUGGAACCCGUAAUGAGAGUGACUGUUAGGAUUCCUGCAGAGUUCCAGGGUUCUGUUGUGACAGGAAUCUCAAAGCGAAAGGGAAUCAUCGUUGAUUCGGAUGCUCAGGAGGAGGGUACAAACAUCAUUGCGGAUGUCCCUUUGAACCAAAUGUUUGGCUUUUCGUCAGAGCUAAGGUCAAUGACACAGGGAAAGGGCGAAUUUUCAAUGGAAUACAAGAACCAUAUGCCUAUCCUUCCCUCUUCUCAAGAAGAUAUUGUGUCUGAAUAUGAGAAGAAUAGGUGCAAGCGUCGAGAAUAG